AUUUCCUCGCGCCGCUGUCCCUUCGUUUCCCCAGACAGUGCAGACCGAACCGAACAGGCGAACAGACAUUGGUUUUCCCCGCCGCGCAGCGCGCACACGCCUGCCUGCCAUUUCUAAAUCCGGGGCCGGUCAUCCUCUCUUGUUUCCGUGGCAACCGCGCCUCUCCUCCUUCCUUGCAGCGUGCCCCUGCGGGGGGCUGCGCGUGGAUCUGAUCUCGUCAAUUGUCGUGCUAUGUUUUUCUCCAGCGGCACGAAGUGAAGAACACGUUUUUGUGACGCCAUGGCUGUGGAAAGAGAUAUAUUUGGAAUUUCUGGGCCAACGUAUCUGAAAUCAAUCGAUUGGAACUGUGAGCAUAAUCGGAGAUCUGUGGCUGCAAGCUUAGUUCAGGCUGUAUAUGUGUUGGAGAGAGACCGGCAACUGAAUCAUCAAUCUUUUGAAGCCUUGGCACCUGCUUGGUGGGAAUUCCUCCAUUUUGAGCUGAUUCGCAAGCUGAUUGAUGAUGCUGAUAUGUCCAUAUUUGGUGCAAUAUUUGAAUUCAACCCUCCAAAGGAGGAAGCUUCUGGUGCAAAUGCUCCAAGAUUUGUCAUCGCAUUCAGAGGCACCAUAACAGAGAAGGAUACUAUCUCUAGGGACCUUUCCCUGGACCUGCACCUUGUUCAAAAUGGUCUCCACAGGACCUCGAGAUUUAAUAUAGCAAUGCAAGCUGUUCAAAACGUAGCCUCGGUUUUCCCUGGAUCCACGAUUUGGCUAGCAGGGCAUUCACUAGGCGCUGGCCUGGCCAUCCUUACGGGAAGAAACAUGGUUAAGAAGGGUGUGCUUUUAGAAAGCUUUCUCUUCAACCCACCGUUCGUUGCUGCUCCAGUUGAAAGGAUCAGGGACGAAAGGGUAAAGCACGGAUUUCGUAUUGCAAGAAGCGUGAUUACUGCUGGAUUGACUAUUGCCAUGAAAGCUAAAACUGAGGGUAGCAGUCAGAGAUCCGUCGCUGAAGAAUCUUUCAGCAUUUUGUCAUCAUGGACGCCGUACCUGUUCGUUAAUCCAGGAGACCACAUUUGCUCAGAGUACAUUGGGUACUUCCAGCACCGGAAGAACAUGGAGGAUCUUGGUGCCGGAUUUAUCGAGAAGCUUGCGACACAGAAUUCCAUCGGAGACCUGUUCUUCAAGGCACUAGGGUGGGAGUCAGAACCGCUGCACCUUCUUCCGUCUGCCGAUCUAAUCGUCAACGUGAGCCCUUCGUCUGAUUUCAAGUACGCUCACGGCAUCAGCCAGUGGUGGCAACCUGAGCUGAAUUUGCAGUGCAGUAAAUAUAGGUACUCAUAGUUGUACGUCGCUAGAAAUGAUGUCUCAGAAACUUAGUUAUCCUCUCUAUCCCUUCAGUUUAUUCAUGUGGUUCAUUCUGUUUGUUGUAGUGUUGGUUUCCCAGCUGUGGUAGACUAUUUCAGACAUAUUGACUGCAUUUUCCUGACCUGCAAAAUCUGUUGAUUGUGUGGAGU